AUGGAGAGAUGUGAGGAAAGGAAGAUCAUCUCCCAGAGAAAAUUCACCAAAGCCUUGCUUAAACAGGGCAACACAGUCGGGAAAUCGUCUAUUAUGAUCACCGCUGAGGAGCUAACAGGAAAUAACGAUUAUGUCGAACUCUCGUUCAGUGCGAGGAAGCUGGAUGAUAAGGAUUUUUUUAGCAAGUCAGAUCCAUUCUUAGAGAUCUACAGGGUAAACGAUGACAAUACUCAGCAACUAGUGCACAGAACAGAGACGGUCAUGAAUAACCUCAACCCCAUGUGGAAGACCUUCAAGACGUCCCUUAACUCACUCUGUAGUGGAGACCAUGAAAGAAUACUGAAGGUCCAGUGGGAAUGCAUAAACCCCAAAUAUAAAGUCAAGAAGAAGAAUUACAAGAACUCUGGGAUUGUCAUUCUGAAUCAGUGCAAGAUAAUUAAGAUGCAUUCCUUUCUGGACUACAUCAUGGGUGGUUGCCAAAUACAGUUUACAGUAGCGAUUGAUUUUACAGCCUCUAAUGGGGAUCCUAGAAACAGUUGUUCGUUACACUACAUCCACCCCUACCAGCCUAACGAGUAUCUGAAAGCUUUAGUCGCAGUGGGGGAGAUUUGCCAAGACUAUGACAGUGACAAAAUGUUCCCAGCAUUUGGCUUUGGUGCUCGGAUACCUCCGGACUUCAAGGUUUCACAUGACUUUGCAGUAAACUUCAACGAGGACAACCCAGAAUGUGCAGGUAUGAUAGAGCAUUUAUCCCAAUAUUUGAUCUAUUCCAGAUCUUAAUUGAUCUCCUUAAUGCAGAUGCAUUAACUACCCCG